CUUUUGAAACAAAGCACAUUCAAGUAAAAGAAAUUUCCAAAACAAACAAAUCUCAACAUCCUUAUAAAACCAUAACAACCAUAUUAACAUCUUCAACUUCACUACUCUCACUCCCUUCCAAAAGAAAGAAACAAUGUCAUCACAUCGUUACGAACUCGACCUCACUCUCAAAUCAGCAAAAUCACUCAAGAACGUGAACUGGCGCCACGGCCCUAACCAACCAUACGCCGUCGUUUGGGUUGAUCAAGCCAACAAAUUCACAACCAAUGUGGAUCCAAAUGGCGACACGGAGGCUGAUUGGAAUCAACCACUGACCAUUCCUUUGCCACCAAUACCAUUCGAGGAUAUUAAUUUAUACCUCGACGUGGUUCAUGCUGGAUUUGAAGAAGGUACUAAGAAACUCAUCGGCUCGGCUCGGCUUCAGCUCGUUGAUGUUCUUGAUUUCGGUAUCGGCGAGCGGGAGAGUCGAAAGCUGACGUUGAAGCGACCUUCUGGAAGGCCACAAGGGAAGGUUGAGGUUAAGGUGGGGAUCAGAGAGAAUGCUAAUCAUGCGCAGGGUGCGUAUUAUCCUCCUGCUUAUGGUGUUCCAUACGGUGCUCCUGCUCCUGCUGCUGCUCCACCCCAGCAACAGGGUUCGUAUUAUUCUGCUGCUCCGCCAGCGGGGUACCCUCAAACGGCGCCGUAUAGUUCACAAACGAAUGUGUACGUGCAAGUGGAGGAAAAGAAGAAGAGUAAGUUUGGUGGAAUGGCAACGGGAUUGGCUGUGGGUGCGGUUGCUGGGGUACUUGGUGGAGUCGCAUUGGCGGAAGGUGCUGAGUAUAUUGCAGAAAAACUUUCCGAUGACGAUGGUUUCUAGAGAGUGAUUUUAUUGUGUCAUGUUCUUAAUUUUCAAUGCUUUGUUCUCGUAGCUCAUAAGGUCAUCCCAAUAAUAAGCUUUUGUUUUUUCUUGUUUUCGUCUCGGUUGUUUUAUGUUGCCUCUUGGUACUUGUAUUGGUAGGGUGGGAGUUAUUGAA